GUUGCGAGACCUGCACUUCCGCCUUCUGCUCCCCGUACAGUGGUGGCUGCUACAACACCAAGGACAAGUACUACUAUGCGGAGUGUCAGCAAAGUGGCUGCAGCCAAGCCUCCGGGUUCCAGUGUCAAGGUUUCGACGGGUGCAGCAGUGCCUCUAGACAAGUUAGAGAAACUGCUGCUACCUCCGCCGAAGCCUGCGCCAGUUUGUGCAAAGAGGCCUCCGGCUGUACCACGUUUCUCUUUGGCCGCCGUCAUGGAGGUUGCUUCAACUUCCUGGGUGCAUGCCACCUUUAUGUCACCUGCUUCCCGGAGCAUAAUCCCUGCUGGGAGCGGUAUCUCCUGCGGCAGUAA